AUGUGGGAAUUAGGAGUGGUGUUGCUGAGCUUUCUUCUCCAAAUAGGAAGCAAGGCUGAUACUGAAAAAUGCAAGAAUCAUGAGCUGCCCCCUCCACUUUAUGAGUAUCCACAGUUGGGUGAUCUCAUGAUUGGUGCCAUUGCUUCUCUGUCCUUCAUUGUGCCUGAUCCAAUAACCUUCACAGGGGAGCCCCCACUAGUAUUGCUGGAUGAACAUGCUGUGUUGCCAAAGAAUUACCAGCAUAUCCUGGCCCUGACGUUUGCAGUGAAGGAGAUCAAUGACAACCCUCACAUUUUACCCAACCUCACCUUGGGCUUUUGUAUCUAUGAUAGCUACUUCACGGCCAAGUGGACCUAUCAGACCACCUUGCUACUGAUAUGUGUGGCAGGGAGAUUAGUCCCGAACUACAAAUGCGACAUCCAACAACACUUGAAAGCAGUCAUGGGGGGACUGGAUGCCCAAACCUCCCUUCAUGUAGCAAAUCUCGUGGACAUCUAUAAGAUUCCACAGCUGAUAUAUGGCUCUGCACCAGUAAUGAAUGAUAAAACCCCAGGCCUUCCCUUUUACAACAUGACUCCCAAGGAGUCCCUUCAGUAUGCAGGGAUUCUCUCUUUGCUGCUGCAUUUCAGGUGGACAUGGAUUGGGACAGUCGUUAUGGAUAAUGACAGUGGGGAACGAUUUCUGCAAAUUGUAGUCCCACUGUUUUCUGAGAGUGGUGUCUGUUUGGCCUUCAUUGAAAAAAUCCCUGAACUUACUUAUGUCACAGAAAUGAAAGACAUGUUUAAGAAGGGGGCGAAAAUCCAUGAUCAUAUUAUGGAUAGCACAGCCAAUGUAUUGGUAGCCAAUGGAGAAUCAUAUUUCAUGACAUUUUUUAGGUGGUUUCCCUAUCUAUCAGAACAAGAUCAUGUGACAAGUAUACCGAUUGGAAAAGUAAUGAUUGUGACAGCUCAGGUGGAGCUCACAUCACUAGUUUAUCAAAGGGAUUGGAACACAGACAUUUUGCAUGGUGCUCUUUCUUUCACAAUUCAAUCGAACCAUGUCCCAGGAUUUAAACAAUUCCUGAAUGCACAAGAUCCUUCCAGUCCAAAGGGAAAUGGCUUUAUUAGGUCUUUCUGGCAAAAUGCUUUCAACUGUGUAUUCCCAGAUCCAUUUCCGGGCAAUUUAGAUGGGAAUAUCUGCACUGGGGAUGAAAAACUGGAGUUUCUUCCUGCAACUUUUUUUGAAAUGAGCUUGACUGGUCACAGCUACAAUGUCUACAAUGCUGUCCAUGCGGUGGCCCAUGCCUUACAUGCCAUGACUUCAUCUAGUCUGAGGAACAGAGGAAUGGUGACCAGAGGUGGACUGAUGUUUCUGAAUCAAGUACAGUGGCAGGCACAGCCUCUAUCUGUGUGCAGUGAGAGCUGCAAUCCUGGAUUUAGGAAGAAGGUCAAGGAAGGGGAGCCAUUUUGCUGCUAUGAUUGCAUCCCAUGUCCUGAAGGGAAAAUUUCAAGCAAGAAUGACUUGCCUUUCUGUUAUUCAUGUGAAGAUGAGAAGUACCCGAGCAAGCACCAGGAUUUCUGUAUACCUAAGGAUGUUAACUACUUUUCUUAUGAAGAACCUUUGGGCUCCAUUUUAACUGCUUUUAUUAUUCUCUUCUGCUUGAUCACGGCUCUGGUGCUAGGAACCUUUCUGAAGCAUCAUGAGACACCCAUCGUCAAAGCCAACAACCAGCAUCUCACCUACACUCUCCUCGUCUCCCUCCUGCUCUGCUUCCUCUGCGCACUGCUCUUCAUUGGCCAGCCACACCAGCUGACAUGCCUCCUGCGACAAACUGCUUUUGGUGUCAUCUUCUCAGUGGCUGUUUCUUGUGUGCUCACAAAGACAGUCAUGGUGGUUUUGGCCUUCAGAGCCACCAAACCAGGAUCCACAAUGAGGAAGUGGAUGGGGAAGAGAGUAGCUAACACGCUCCUUCUUUCCUGUUGCCUUCUUCAGGCAGCCAUCUGCCUUGCCUGGUUGGCAACUUCUCCUCCUUUUCUCAAUGUGGACAUGCAUUCAGUGGCUGAAGAAAUCAUCCUGGAAUGUAAUGAGGGAUCUAUGACAAUGUUUUACUGUGCCCUGGGCUAUCUGGGCUUCCUGGCAAUGGUCAGCUUCAUGGUGGCUUUUCUUGCCAGGAAGCUCCCAGACAGUUUCAAUGAGGCCAAGUUCAUCACUUUCAGCAUGUUGGUCUUUUGUAGUGUGUGGUUAUCCUUUGUGCCUUCCUACCUGAGCACCAAAGGAAAAUACCUGGUGACUGUAGAGAUCUUUUCCAUCUUAGCCUCCAGUUCUGGCCUGCUGGUUUGCAUCUUCUUCCCAAAAUGUUACAUCAUUGUGCUGAAACCCAACUUGAACAAGAAGGAACAUCUAAUAAGGGGAAGAGAUUGA